AGCUCCAGUUCAUAUCCAACUAUACAAGAAUGUAAUAAGCUAAGUCAGCCACGCACACAAAACACAUAGAAAACACAGUCACACGCACAUAUCUCUUGAAUAUACCUUUGGGCCACUCUCACAAUUAAACAAAUCAAAACAUCAUUAUCAGCCAUAUUUUCUUCAGUAAUCUCUUGUUAAUCACUACCACUAACUCCUACAACAUCAGCUGGAUUAUUGUGUUGACUUUUUUCGGGUUAAGUCGGAUUUGAAGGUGAAAGAUAUUUAGUUAGCCUUUUCCCUCUAUAUAAAGCAAUUUAUUGCUAGGCUUUUAUCCCAUCUUCAACUUCUCAAAAAUCAGCUUUCAACCUUUUCUGCAAAUCUUUUAUUUUUCUUCAAGAAGAAAAAAGAAGGAAGAAAAUGGCGAUUAAUGGAUUUCUCUUUGCAUCGAUCUUGAUUUCGUGCUUGGCGGCCACUUGCUACGGUAUUACCUUCUCUUCUCUCCAGAGAACUCUUGAUGUCACUGCUUCACCUCAAUCUGGCCAAGUUCUGAAAGCGGGAGAAGACAAUAUAACCGUGACGUGGUCGGUGAACACGAGCUUCCCCGCGGGGACGGACUCGAGCUACAAGACAGUGAAGGUGAAGCUGUGCUACGCUCCCAUCAGCCAGAAGGAUCGUGGCUGGAGGAAAACCGUCGACAUCAUGAAGAAGGAUAAGACAUGCCAACACUUGAUCGUCAGCAGACCCUACACCUCUUCCAACAACACCAUCACCUACACAGUGAAGAGAGACGUGCCCACCGCCACCUAUUUCAUUAGGGCCUACGUCUUCAACGCCGCCGCCGAAGAGGUCGGCUACGGCCAGACCACCGAUGCUCACAAGACCACCAACUUGUUCUCGGUUGAUGCAGUCUCGGGCCGCCACGUGUCGCUCGACAUCGCGUCGGUUUGCUUCUCCGCCUUCUCCAUCGUAUCCCUCUUUGGCUUCUUCUUCUUGGAGAAGAGGAAAUCCAAGGCAUUGGCAGCCAAGUGAUUUUUAUUUGUUUUAACUUUUUUUUAGUUGGGUUUUUUGUUUUGUAUAAUGUGGGGGGAAAAGAAGGGGGUGUGGUUUAGUGAUUCAUGUAUGGGGUAAGUGAUUCUUGGGAGAUGAAUCAUUGUGUGAUGCAUAAAGUUGAAUUUGAGAGGUUGGUAUUCUCUCAGGAUGUUGAAUUAAUGGAUCUUAAUUUCUGUAUA